CGGGGCUCGGGGCGCCCGGAGCCGGCCGGGGCGGGCCCAGGCCGGCCGGAGGGGCGGGUUUAGCGGCGGCCCCCGGCGAGGCUCAGUGCGCUUGCGCUGACAGACGCAAGAUGGCGGACAGUGCGGAACUAAAGCAAAUGGUUAUGAGCCUUAGAGUUUCUGAACUCCAAGUAUUGUUGGGCUACGCCGGGAGAAACAAACACGGACGCAAACACGAACUUCUCACAAAGGCUCUGCAUUUACUCAAGGCUGGCUGUAGUCCUGCUGUGCAAAUGAAAAUUAAAGAACUGUAUAGGCGGCGGUUCCCCCAGAAAAUCAUGACACCUGCGGACUUGUCCAUCCCCAAUGUACAUUCAAGUCCUAUGCCAGCAACUUUGUCUCCAUCUACCAUUCCACAGCUCACUUAUGACGGUCACCCUGCAUCAUCACCGUUACUCCCUGUUUCUCUUCUGGGACCUAAACAUGAACUGGAACUCCCACAUCUUACAUCAGCUCUUCACCCAGUGCAUCCGGAUAUAAAACUUCAAAAACUACCAUUUUAUGACUUACUGGAUGAACUGAUAAAACCCACCAGUCUAGCAUCAGACAACAGUCAGCGGUUUCGAGAAACCUGUUUUGCGUUUGCCUUGACGCCGCAACAAGUGCAGCAGAUCAGUAGCUCCAUGGAUAUUUCUGGGACCAAAUGUGACUUCACAGUGCAGGUCCAGUUAAGGUUUUGUUUAUCUGAAACCAGUUGUCCACAAGAAGAUCACUUCCCACCCAAUCUUUGCGUGAAAGUGAAUACAAAACCUUGCAGCCUUCCAGGCUACCUUCCACCUACUAAAAAUGGUGUGGAACCAAAGCGACCCAGCAGACCAAUUAAUAUCACUUCACUUGUCCGAUUGUCUACAACUGUACCAAAUACCAUUGUUGUUUCUUGGACUGCGGAAAUUGGAAGAACCUAUUCCAUGGCAGUAUAUCUUGUAAAACAAUUGUCCUCAACAGUUCUUCUUCAGAGAUUACGAGCAAAGGGAAUAAGGAAUCCGGAUCAUUCUAAAGCUUUAAUUAAAGAGAAAUUGACUGCGGAUCCAGACAGUGAAAUAGCUACAACCAGCCUAAGGGUUUCCCUGCUAUGUCCACUUGGUAAAAUGCGGCUGACAAUUCCAUGCCGGGCCCUUACAUGCUCUCAUCUGCAGUGUUUUGAUGCAACUCUUUAUAUUCAGAUGAAUGAGAAAAAGCCAACCUGGGUCUGUCCUGUCUGUGAUAAGAAGGCUCCAUAUGAGCACCUCAUUAUUGAUGGCUUGUUUAUGGAAAUCCUAAAAUAUUGUACAGACUGUGAUGAAAUACAAUUUAAGGAGGAUGGCUCUUGGGCGCCAAUGCGGUCGAAAAAGGAAGUACAGGAAGUUUCUGCCUCUUACAAUGGAGUCGAUGGAUGCUUGAGUUCCACUUUGGAGCAUCAGGUGGCUUCUCACAACCAGUCCUCCAGUAAAAACAAGAAAGUCGAGGUGAUUGACCUAACCAUAGACAGUUCGUCUGAUGAAGAGGAGGAAGAGCCAUCUGCCAAGAGAACCUGUCCUUCCCUUUCUCCCACCUCACCACUAAACAAUAAAGGCAUUUUAAGUCUUCCACACCAAGCAUCUCCAGUAUCCCGUACCCCAAGCCUUCCUGCUGUUGACACAAGCUACAUCAACACCUCUCUCAUCCAAGACUACAGGCAUCCUUUCCAUAUGACACCCAUGCCUUAUGACUUACAAGGAUUAGAUUUCUUUCCUUUCUUGUCAGGAGACAAUCAGCAUUACAACACUUCCCUGCUUGCAGCCGCUGCCGCUGCAGUCUCAGAUGACCAGGACCUGCUGCACUCGUCUCGCUUUUUCCCAUAUACCUCCUCCCAGAUGUUCCUCGACCAGCUGAGUGCAGGAGGCAGCACGUCCCUGCCUGCCACCAAUGGAAGCAGCAGUGGCAGCAACAGCAGCCUCGUGUCUUCCAACAGUCUGAGGGAGAACCACAGCCACACGGUGGCCAGCAGGAGCAGCACAGAUGCAGCGUCUGUUUUUGGCAUCAUACCGGACAUUAUCUCCCUGGACUGAGCCUGUGCCGGCUGAUCCCGCCCCAUCCUGAGGGAGUCAUCUGGGCUGGAAGAAGAGAACUUUAUGCUGUUUUACCCUAUUUUGUUUAGAAAAGUUCACAAGUGUGUUUGUUUUUUUUCCUUUUUUUAGGGAAAAAAUUAAAAGAAAUGUACAGAGAACAAAACUAUAUUUUCAGUUUUACUUUUGUAUAUAAAUCUAAGACUGCCUGUCUGAUAAAACACUUGUUAAAAAAAAAAAAAAAGAAAGAAAAGAAAAAAGCACCCAUAAACCACCGUCAGUUCAUUUUUUCUGGAUUCUGAAGAUUUUUUUCAUCAUUUGUCCUAUGGUUUUGGUUUUAUUUUCCUUCAAUGGCAUUAUUUUAUUUGCAAUAACAGAAAAGGAAUUGCAUGUAUGAAGUUUUAAAUUGUGGGCUUUGUUGUGGGGAGGGGGGAGGGAGAUAGUUUGAUUUCCAUUUUUUAAAAAUGACAGACUAGCAUUUUGUUUGUUUGUUUGUGUGUGUGCAUAUUUUAUCCAGCCUUAAGUUAUAAAUCUCAUCUGUCCCAUGGCAUUCCCUGUGUAUUUUUCAGGAUGUAGCUCAUGGGUGUGUGUGUUCAGUGUGUGUGCCUACCUGUAUUUUUUUGUCCUUGCUGUACCUCUGAGUUUGCAUUCAGUUCAUAUAUCAGUUAGUUGCCUGCUUCUUUUAAAGUGCUUUGAAGGUCUUGACCUUACAUGUGAGUAUCUUAACAGCUACCCCGGUUGCAUGUCUCCAUUACGUAUUCUCUCUGACUUGCUAUAUACCCCCUGAGAAUAUACUUUCAGGAUGUUGGAAUAAAGCUGUCUGGGUAAGGAGUAGGCCUAGCAGACCUGUGAGUAAUACAUGUUAGCCUAGUUCUUGAUUCUAAGUCUGGAUUGCCAGUAUUGUAUAUUUUAAACUAAGUGUGUGAGUACCUACUUUUUUUGGCCACAGGGUAACAGGUUUUUGUGCAAGAUCUUCAUACCAAAGUAAGAAGCAAAAAUAGCUGAGAUACCUGUUGGGUAUCUUGUGCAGCUGACAGAGGAAGGCUUAUGUCACUCCCAGUUAUCCUAGACCAAUCAGUUAUCCUAGAAGUCAAUUCUGUUUGGAAAUACAAUGCACCACACAGGUGGAUCUAUCGAAAGCCACUAUUUGAUAUUCAGUUGAAAUUUAAGAUGAGUUUAAACCUCAGCCAUUUUUAUUCUGUAGUUCUGAGUGUUCUUAAUUUCUUAGCCUAUCUACUUCGAUUAUUUUUUCUUUACCUUUUAUUUAGCUGUUUCUUCUAUUUUAGUUCUUAAAUUCAAUUGCUUAUCAGGUUUUGUUGUUUUGUUGGUACCAGGGAUCAAACUCAUGACCUUGUGCUUGUGAGGCAGGUGCUUGUGCCACUGAGCUAAACCCCUGGCCCUAUUUUUUCUUUACUUUUUAAUGACAGACAUGACAUAGGAAAGUCAAUUUUUAAGAAUUCAUGGAUUGGUCUAAUCUUCUCUUACUAGUGGAACAUGUAAAUACAUUGAAAACUUUUUCAGGAAAUAAAGGGCCUGAAGGAGGGGAAAGUGGUUCUGUUUGAAUCCCAGAAGUAGAUAAAUUGCAUUCUCAGUUGUGGAAACUGUAUUUCAGUUAUUUGAGAGUACAGGUUUAAGAGAAAAUAAAGAAGGGGCAUAGCGAUAGCCAGUUUUCCAGAUUGGGUUUUUUGUAUCAAAGCUCUUAAUAGUCUCAGAAUCAGUGAAGGACCACCUUUGUGUAUAAACUUGUCAUUUUAAACUGCCUUGUUAACAAAAUUACCUACUUUAAUCUGGAUAGAAUUUAAAAUGGCUGUAUCUUUGGUUGUAUGAUAAAAUUAAUGGUUCAUAUAUGACUGUGUGGCAUCUAAAAAUAAUAUCUUUUUACAGCAAUCUCUCUGUUACUAAAUUGUUGACUUGAAUUUUGAAGAAAAAAAAGUUGGUGUCAAUAUGUAUAUGUGUGUGUGUAUAUAUGUAUUUAUAAACAAGUGUGUGUGUGGGUAACAAGUGAGUUUCAUAGUCUUCCCCUAUGCAUGUGUAUUCUACACAUAAAUGGCUGAGUUAUAGUCACAAAACAAUUUGCAAUAAAAAAAUACAGGUUCAUUGUUAGUUAAAACAGAAAGUAAUUUUUAAGUGCAACUGGUAUGGUGAGUAAAUACUUUAAAAACUCUUAUUGGCAUACUAAUAUAGGCCAAUUUCAAAUAGUACCAUAAUUUGUGUCUAAAUUUGGACUGGAAUAGAAAUUACUAAAAUUGUGGGAGGGCAUUUCUUUCUGAUUUUACAUAGUGAUACGAAAUUUCUCAACUACCUAAGGUAAAGUGUUUUUUAACUUUUUUUUUCUGUCAUUGAUAAUGGUCUGAAAAUUCUGAUCAGUAAUUUCGUGUGUAAUACUGAUGACUUAACUGUUUGAAUGAUCCAGUCAAAAACCUGUACCUUUACUUUCUGCAGCUCAGUUCCAGGGUGGGGCAGGUUACCCUGACUCUGUCCUGUUUCAUACCACCUAAGGGAAGAUUUGGAAAUAGGGAGAAAUCAGUGUCCGGUGGCUGUGGUCCUGACCCAUAGAAAUCUCACCACUCACUCAUCCUUUGAUUUUAGUUCAUUCCAGUCUGUAAGGAGUUUGUCCCUUCAGUUGUGAAUUUCUGAAGAGUUGUAUAAAUUAAUAGCUGCCCCUCUGUCAGUAUCAUGGUCUGUAAGUUGCUCAGACUUUCAUGGUCUGUCAUAAUUAUCAGUAGAGUCAUGCACUAUAUCUCUGUCUCCUAAAUCUUAAAAAUGUGUAUCGUCACUUUUUGUCUUUUUUUCCUUAGCCCACCCACUCUCCCCAGCCCAGGCCAACGUUGCUGUGCUGUCUGUGGACAAAGAGCGAUUCUUAGACUCUAGGCGAGCUGCCAACAGCCCCGUGGCCUCAGUGUUUCAUAACAGUAUGCAUAUAUCCAUGUUUCUGGACAGUACUACUGUGUGUGUUUGCACACAUGUGCAUCUACAUGCACACGGAAAUCAGCUCACUAGCAGGGUUGAAGUGGCUUGAUUCCUGUGUGGGCAUUAUUGGACAUAUCUUUUUAAAAUGUAGUAUGCAACUAAACCAUGACACACUUGUUUGAUUAUUUUGAGCAUUAAAAUUCUGUUCUAAUUUAGACUUGUCACAAUUCCACAUCGUUACUGGCUCAAGGAAGAUUCACUUAAGUUUCUGAAAAGUGUUUUUUAGUAGAGUCUCCUUUGAGACAAAUUUGUGAAGUUGAAAAUAUAUCCCAGAUGUAAAUUAAUAAAUGUGGAAUGAACAUUGUUUUGAAACAAUUUCAAUUUUAAAUACAUAAAACUUAAGGGUCUUCAAGACUUUUGAAAGCACAUUUGAAUUUAUUUUAGAAUAAUUUAGUUUAUCAAUACAUACUGAAUUUUUUUUUUAAUGAAACACAAAGCUUAGAUUUCAGAAAGAGGGAGGGAGAAUAGCUGGUGGUCCCAGAGUGUGCUGCUGUUGUUUAAUUAACAAGGGGGAAAAUGUAUAUAAAUAGAUAUAAAACUUACCAUAAAUUCCAUGAACUUAAAUCUGUGAUUCAUUGCCUUAAAACUUUUUCUCUUAGAAUUUCCAUACCGCAUGCCAAACCAGUAAAAUGGCUUUUAAAAAAUGUAUAGUAGACCAAUGUCAGUUUGUAUAAAAGUUACCAAGUGAAAAUAUUUAUUACAUGCAUUGGAAAAAAAUUGUUUACUUAUUGAAUGUUACCUGUUUAUGUAGAGCUCUUUAGAUGUAAUAAAAAAAAAGCCUUCAGUUAAUUUGUCUUCUGUAAAACAAUACUGCUGGGGAUGCAAGGGAACAGUCCCUAUGAGAAAGGAGGUAACGCUUUCUGCUUCCAAAGAUUUCAGAGUGUGACAGGUACCUAGUACUCUUGCACAUGCUUUGAGCUAAGUAGUUACUAUAGAGCCAUUGUUCUCUCUCUUAUUGAAAUUUGAUAGCUCUGUAAUAAACCACAGCUUCUGUUUUGCUUUGAA